UCGAAAUGAAGAUACUUUGCGUUUUACUUUGGUGUCUUGUCUACGCUCAGUAUUCUUCCGCAAGAUAUGCCACUAAAGCUCAAUGUACCAACAAGGAGUACUACACUACCUGUGGACCAUGUAUUGAGCCGGUUUGUGGACAACCAACACCGGUCAUAAACUGUUUCAAAUGUAACGUAGGAUGCUUCUGUAACUCGAAGUUGGGCUACGUCCGAAAAUCUCCGGAUGGACCUUGUGUUUUGUGCCAAACGACGGGAUGAAAGGCCUAUAGUAAAACAGAAUGCUGGAAUCAACUUUUGCGGUCAAUAAAUGCAGUUUAAAUAUUAAAUUCAACUAUUUUGAGGGGGAAAAGCUAUCCAGAACAUGAUAAGUCCUUAACUUAAAACAAACACUCGUAUGUGAUCGCAUAAAUAUACAAUGAAUGAUAG